ACCUCCCUCUGCCGUCGCCGUUUUAUCUAAUCGCGGCCUGUGACGCGAAAGGGCGGGGUGCGGACCGAGAUACGGAAGCCGAGAGGGGCCAGACCUCUCGUCACCCGGGAGGCGGGGAAGCAGAAGCAAGAUGGUUUACAUCUCGAAUGGACAAGUGUUGGACAGCCGGAGUCAGUCCCCAUGGAGAUUAUCUUUCAUAACAGAUUUCUUCUGGGGAAUAGCUGAGUUUGUGGUUUUGUUUUUCAAAACUCUGCUUCAGCAAGAUGUGAAAAAGAGAAGAGGCUACGGAAGCUCAUCUGAUUCCAGAUAUGAUGAUGGAAGAGGGCCACCAGGAAACCCCCGCAGAAGAAUGGGUCGGAUUAAUCAUCUGCAUGGCCCAAGUCCGCCUCCAAUGGCUGGGGGAUGAGGAAGGUAA